AUGGUAAAGGGUUUUAUGCUUAGCUUUUGGCAUUCAUUCCCUGUGAGAGCUCUGUUUUACAAACCCGUUGCAUUUGAGAUAAGUGAAAAAGAACCUGGAAGGCAUUCGUUUUUUGCAUAGCCUCAGGCUAAACCUGCUGCUUACAGAGGCAAAAAACGAAGUAGAAGAUAUAAAGACUGUGAAAACGCCUGAGAAAUGAAACAGCUGUCUUGCGUGUUAGCUAGGUGUCACACUAAUGCUGUUGCUGGGCACUACCCUGUCCUCGAACCAAGUUCUGUAAGGCAAUUUUCGGACCGAAAAGAUAAUGCGGGUUCCUGGAAUCCUAAAUGAAACAGUGAAUUAAAUGAGAAUAUAAGUCACACUUUCCAGUCUGUUGGAUUUUUGCUGUGGAGAUAAAGACACCCUGUUAUGUUCUCUCGCUCUUAAUCUAAUGCAAAAAUAAUCCCCACCGCUGCCACUGACUGCUCAUAGACCCACAUAAAAUGACAUAUGCUAGCUUAAGGGAAUAGACAUUGAAAGUAUGAGGUUUAUGUAAUUGUUAUAUAAUUAUUUUAUUGUUAUAUAAAAUACUUUUUUAUUUAAAUGUAUGUAUCGCAAUAUGUGUUGGGUUUUAGAGGACAACUCAAUGAACUCCUUUUUGAUAUACAUAUGAAUGUUUUAUAGAUAUAUUUUUUGGAUUCAUAUGCUUUCCAUGAAUAUAAUGUGAUAUUAAUAUUUAAUGCUACUGUCCUCUUGAGAGAUGAGGAACUCCACUGAUUUUGUGACCAAAAAUAAUCUCCUGUUCACCUCCCCGGAUUGAAAUUGUGCCGUAAAAUGAUUUGUCCUGUGACACAACUCCUGGAGCAGCUAUACUGCUAAGCAAGUGUGACAGGAUCAUGUCUAACUAUUGUGUAAUCUGCUGUGGCCGCUCUAUCUUUAAGUACACAUCUUUGUGUCUUCUCCUCCCCUGCUCUAGGUGAUCCAGGCAGUGUUCUUUGGCGUGUGUGUGCUGACAGACCUGUCCAGCCUGCUGACCAAGGGCAGUGAGAGCCAGGAGCAGGACAGGCAGCUUAGGAAGCUCAUUGGCCUGAGGGACUGGAUGAUGGCUGUGCUUGCCUUCCCCGUUGGAGUGGUGAGCGAUAGUCACGACACAACACUAGGCCUGGACCACUGGAAUCUGCUCUCAGAUCUGUUUGUGUUGUAUCGCUACCUCAACAACCAUUGAAGUAGACUAUACUGUACAGCACAACUAGAUCUGGGACUAUGAUAGUGUCCCUUUUACAGUAUGCCAAAGAAGCACAAAUUCACUGAGAAAGAAGCAGAAGACACUGUGAAUGCUCUGCAUUGUUAA